ACCCGGCCAAUCCAGCAAUCAGCGGUUAGCCUUCAGAGAUGGCGUCUAAAGCUUCCUCCCCGGGGGCCAACCUCCUCCGCCAUUCGCGGCUUUUUGCUAUGCCAAAGCCCCUCCCCCCACCAUUAACCUUCCGCUUGGGCCACCAAGAUCCAGCACCAUACCCAACCGUCCAAGCAAUAACCACCCCGACUGCCUCACGGGUCCGUGGCAAUUGGGGCCUGAAGCGCGAUGUCCCGCACAAGAUCACGCACACAACGAUGCGAGUGACAGAGCUGGACACAAUUGAGCGCUUCAUGGCCUUCGAAUCCGCCAACGACGACGUGCUCACGUUGAAGAAAUGGCAGGAGGUGGACAUGCCACUGGUUAAGAGUCCCACACUAGGAAGCGGGCUGAGUGCGAACGCAUGCCUUCAGGAAUCCGUCUUCGACGACAACAUCAUUGCUGGAGAGAGUUACAAGUGGAAGUAUCUCGGCCCCUUCCUCCCGGAUAUGCCGGCGGAUGAGUUUAAACGGUACGUACUGAAGAAGGUGAAGCCCCGACAGAAAGAAUUCGAAGCAUUUGUCGCAAAGAGCAUGGCGGAUGCGUGCGGGGUGUACGAAAGUGCUGCUGCCGCCGACGGGGAGACAAAGGAAGUACAGGUGAACAUGAACAAGUUGAGGGAGGACACAAUGAAGUUCCUGGCCCUGGUGACGGACUUCCUGGACAUGCCGAGGGGCGGGAGGUCCUAUCGUACCCACCCGUCCGCGGGACUACACUACACUCGCUCAGCAGCACACAUUCCCUACGAUCCUGAGCACGGCCCUUGCCCUUCACGCCCUGUUCCUGGCCGAUCCCUCAACUCGUCCCCCAGUGGCGCCGUCGUCGGGAUCGGCGGUGUUGCCGCGAUCCUCCGCGAUAAUAAUACCAAUUACUUUGACACCGGCCGGGUGCAUAACGACCGCAGACACGUUCGCAACUACGAGCCCAGAUCUGCGUACAUCUCCAACCGCGGGCGGAUCAUGAUGGAUGCCAAGUCUGCUAUGUCCUACGAGGAGGCUAUCGGGAUGAGGGGUAAGGGUCCUGAGGCGCUCUGGGGCGCUGGGGGCGCUGGGUCCGUGAUGGAUAAUCUGAAGAACUUGGUUCCCCAGGGCGGGCGCAAGAGGGGGGUAGAAUGGGACAAUUGGUUCGUGGAUUCCGGGGGACGGCGAGGGGGCGGUAAUGGGGACAGGGGUGGCUUGAGCAGCCUGGCGCCUCCUGGGUCCAAGCUUUCGGGGGCGUUCACGAGGCUGGGUCAGGCGAAGGAGGGUGGGGGGCGGGAAAAGAACGACGUGAUCACUGAUAUCCUAGCUAAUCUAACAAAGAGCUGAUAUGCUAAUCGCUUCUCAAAUUUCUUUUUUGGUGGUCUUUAUUCUAUUUCCAUUUCGCUCCAGAUAUUCUACCAGCGUAAAAACAAACAAUUAUAUCUUAAGGAAGACUAUUGUACAGUACAAACGUUUCUGAAUUGCCUACAGACGUAUUAUAUAAUUACGGUAUAU